GCUGCAUCUGACGUGUCUAAAACAGUUUCGCUCUGGUGGUGGAUUUUACUCGUGGGGGAUUUAUUAUCUAUCAUACUGAUAUCUGACACAAGGUGGCAAGAUGCUAGAUUUCUUCACCAUCUUCAGCAAAGGGGGGAUAGUGUUGUGGUGUUUUCAGGGAGCCGGGGUCACCGAAUCCUUCACCGGGCCUGUCAACGCUCUGAUCCGCUCUGUAAUCCUUCAGGAGCGCAGUGGGAACAAUUCAUACACCCAUGAGGCCCUGAAUCUGAAAUACAAACUCGACAAUGAGUUUGAGUUGAUUUUUGUGGUGGGUUUUCAAAAGAUCCUGACGCUGACGUAUGUGGACAAGUUCAUAGAUGACGUUCAGCUCCAUUUUAGGGAUCGUUAUAAGAAUGAGCUGGAGCAAAAGGGGCCUCUGAAGCUAAUCCAAAACAACUUUGAUUUUGAAGAUGACUUCUCAAUGCUUCUUAGGGAUGCGGAGAAUAGCAGCAAAGCUCGGACCCAGGGCAACAUGCGGACCUUUGUUCAGUCCGAGAAAUCCCAGAAAACUGUGAAGUCAAUGAUCGAGACCAAAGGUGGGGAAAAAGUCAAGGAACAGGGUGGCAAGAAGAAUAAAAAUGCCAAAAAGGAGGCUCCUGCAGCUGAGCCUGCCAAAGUGGAUCCAACUAAGGCUGGGCAGAAGACGGUUGAAAACGGUGACCAGGGCUUGACUUCCGAGGAGAUCAUGCAGAACAGGGAGAAGUUAUUUCGCAAGCGCACAGCCGUACCUACUGAGAAACCCAUUAAAUCCCCAAAGCCUCUGAAGCCUAGGGAGAAACAGAUGCGUGUUUGGAACAACGGUGGCAAAAGCACCGCCAAGGACCUGGACUACAGCGGAAGGAAUGGAGACGGAUCCUCCAAUGGCGAUCAGAACCAGGAAGCACAAAGGGACCCGGAGAUGCAGCUGAACUCCAUGAAGGGAGACCUGCUGUCUGUGGACUGUGAGUCCAGCGAGGAAGAGGAAGGCGAGACGGAGGAUGACAAGGAGAAAGAGGUGGUUGUCAAUCAAACAAUCAAGACGAGGUAAGUUCUUUUUUAUUGCCUCAUUUUCAAACUCAUCUGUCCAAACAGUAUAAAUAAAAUAGAAAAAAUGCCUUAACUAAUCCCAAA